AUGGCCGAAGUGGCCUGUUUGAGGGAUAUCCAGCCCUUGACGGGUCGGUUGGUGCCCUUACCAACGGUCCAGGAGGUCCAUCCGUUUCAUGAGGAAGGUGAAGAGUCAAUGCUUGUCUUUCUUGUCGGGAAGCUGCUUGAUGCGAAAUUCCCAAGGGAUCCAUCACUCAAUCUUGCAUUCCUCCGGCGUUUUGCAAAACCGGAGCAUUUACCUGAUCAUUUGAAACGGGAGCAAGAAGCCGAUGUGGCUUCUGAGCAAGGUGCCAGUCCUGCAAAGAGCAUCUAUAUUCUGAUCUCUCCACCGCUUCCGGAUCGUUUAGAGCUCGAAUCUCUGCUGGGUCCAUACGCACCGACGCCGUCUGGUACUACCACCGAAGCCGUAUCAUCUGAGGGCACAAGGACGCUAUCUUCAACAGUGCGACUACAAUCGACGAAAAUACCUCUACAACCUCCAACUUCUCGCGAACAGGCUGAAGACUGGUCCCGAAAAUACUGGCCAACGACAUACAACCCAGCCGCACAACCAUCAUCCCACUCCCCUUCACCCGUCACACUCAGCCGAACACAAUCUUCAAUAUCACCCCAUGCCGGCCUAUACCUAUCCCUCGCCAAAAAACUAGCCCACGAAUCCCAACAAUCCCAACGUGGCCGCCCCGUCGGCGCCGUGGUCGUCGAUCCCACCCUCCUCGAAUCCAACCGCGACGAUCCGCUCUCCGCAAUCGUCGGCGUGGCAGGUGAUUCACGACGAUAUCACAAUCCGAACCACGUCCCUCCGGGCCAACCCACCAAUCCCAGCCCUCACUCGUACAGUCCAGACUUCGAAGGCCAGCCUUCAGACCACGCUCUCAUGCGCGUGAUAUCACUGAUCUCCCACAAACGUCUUGCCGCAACCGCAGCCGCAACCGCAACCAGUCCGCCUACCGAUCAACCCCUCGUGCCUCCGGACCCGUUUCAGCCACCCACCCCGCCGCUUUCACCUUUGGAAUCCCACUUUUUCCAUCUCGACAACCUCGCAUCUCCGUCUGGCGGUGGAUACCUUUGUACGUCUCUCGACGUCUAUAUCACGCAUGAGCCAUGUUUGUGCUGUGCGAUGGGCAUGUUACUUUCGAGGUUUCGCACUAUUAUCGUUGGGAAGCGGGUAAGAGGAAGUGAGUUUGGGUCGCUAGAUGCAGAGAAAGGGUAUGGGUUGCAUUGGAGGAGGGAAUUGAAUUGGAGGGCGAUUGGAUUCGAGUUUUUUGAAGAGGGGGAAGCGGCUGAUGAGGAUAAUGGGGACGGUGAGGAGUCUGGACACGGUUUGCAUUUUCAUCCCUAA